CUUCGGAAGUCUAAUAGAUGGGUGUUAUUGACAAUUUAUCAGCCAACAAGAAGACAUCUUUAGGUUAAUCGACUAUUUAUAUCGCCCAAGAGUCAUCUGCAUAUCAUAAUCUUACUAAAAUAUAGUAGAAAAAGCUGUUGAACGUGAAUGAUGAACUAUUGUAUGCAAAUUUUCAUGAUUUAUAUUACGAAUCGACAUCAUACAUAAUGCAAGAACUCCUUUUUGCCUUUUGGAAAGAUUAGGUCUUCCCUGAAUUGUGACUGGUUCUUCCUGGGAUACUGAGUCAGGCGAUAGUAGUUUGCUGUUGUCAGUGAUAAACCUGAAAUGUACCUUUGAUCCACUGGUCGGCGAAACUAUAAUUCAUGGCCUAACAAGUCAGAUCUAAGAUUUCGGUUCCUGGACUUUGGUACAGAAUCCACUCAUACAUAUAACAAAAUUACAUUUUGGAACCAUAGUUGAUAUCAAGUCGUGACGAAAACCCUAAUUUGAAUUCCUAAUCCCGACUUAAACCUCUAACAUCUAGUCUCGAUUCCUCACAUGAAUUUAUAUCCGUAUUUCGACUGUAGCAAGUAGUCGUGGUUCCCAAAGGCACUUUUAUAUUGCUCAAAGGUCGUUCAAACAUUAUAGUCUCGCCAAUUGUUCCACUUAUGUGCAAAGUCAUUUAACAUCAAUUCAUGCUUUUUCAUUACGACUAAAUAUGACGGUUGUGGAAGUGGAGUACUGAAUUUCAUAAAACUGUUAAGGUCGUACCUAAUUUAUGCUUAGAAAAAUUCUGUUUUUCUGCUGAUAUGGCUGUUUGCUAUGACUGAAAUAACUGAUACUUAUUGCAAUGAAACAUGUCAGCGCAAGAAAAUAAACAAGACCGUAGGUGAAGACUUGUUUAUUCACGUACCCUUGAUUAAUAUAAUAUUAAAAGUAAUGAUGAAAUAUGUAUGCAAAUUUUUAAAUUUCCAGUCAAUAGAUAAACAGUAAUUUACAUACUGUUAUACACAAAUCCUUAUGUUCUUUCAUUUUUUUUACCUAAUCUCCUUAUUUCUUUCCAAUGACCACCUGUAUAAAAACCAGUCUUCUUUAAGAGUUUGGUUUUUAACCUGUUCUUGUUCUGGUUUUCAGUUAUCUGAUGCCGACUAAACAAUAUGUCUGUUUAAAGCCUUUCUACCGUUGAAUGUCAUCCAUUGUAACUACCAGGCGUUAAAAUGUCAAGUGUAAACCUACAUAGUGAUUUAUUCCUGCAUUAUUAUAAAGCGUGGGGUGGAGUUGAAGAUUAUGAAUCAGAGAACUUAGGGAUACCAGAUUUUUUCAACGUGUUAGUACAUAUUAAGAUACUAUUAACUUACUGUGCAGGUACCACAAGAUAACGAGAUUUUACCUGCGAAAUUACGGGAGGAUGCUAGGUAGAUAUUUAAACAAACUAUGAUCAUUUUUAGGUCUGCUUUGUUGGAGAGAAAAAGUUUGAGAUUGUUGUCUAAUGUUGAACUUCAAGUAAGGUAGUUUCUGUUAUACGUUGUUUUUGUACAAGGAGUUUUGGUAUCUUUUGGAACGCUAUCAUUCACCUCCUACAGUUAAUGGUGAAAAAUUCAUGGACUAUGAGAAUUUUCGCAAGGCAUCUAAAGAAGCAUCUCCCAAGGCAAAGCAAUAUUUCACAGCAGCUACAUUUGUAAAAUUACUUCGUGAAGAUGAAGUUUUGUCACGUAUUAAUAUCUUGACAUUUUUCAAUUAUGUCAUGAAGAAAGUAUGGUUGCAACAAACCCAUGUUGGGAUAUCUCUUUAUGAUGUGUGCGGUGAAGGUUAUUUGAGAGAGACAGAUUUGGAAAACUAUAUGUUGGAACUUAUCCCUACUUUGUGUCAGGUAACUUGUUCAUUCUACAUUUUAUCGUGAAUGUGACUGCUUUGGUGGAGGAAUUGUCUUGAUACCAUUUAGGAGGUGAUACUGUUUAGUUAGACCACAUGACAUGCUUUAAAAUGUAUUGAGUAUUUGAAAAAUGAACUAUGCGCUGUACUCAUUAAUUCCGUCAAACGUGUGACUUCAAUAUCCUUCUUAAUAAAUAUGUUACUCUGAUAAGGUGAUAGAUCUGACACGACCUAAUGACCAGUCCAUACUUGAGGCCCUCAUUCAUGCGCUUUUACAUUGCUUAAAAAUCAACUAAUGAGACUAAGACCUGUAUUGGUUAAUUUUUAUAAAUUAUUAAAAAAAUUUGAUUUCAAACCCUAACACAGAAUCGCAUGUCAACCAAUUUUCUUUAAUAACCAGGGUCUUCCUUCAGCAUUCAGUAUUGUUUAAUUUCACUUAUUAACUCAUUACAGUUUUUCGUUGGUUCAUCUUACUCUAUAAAUGCGAUCAGUUCAUGGCGCAUGAAUAAUUCAACUGUAAUACGUAGCUCUAGCUAAAUAAUCUAGCCACUCGGCUCCGAUAGUUCAAAACCUUUCGGAUAUUACGGUUACUGUUACCCGCCCAACGAAGUGGUUGGAGCCUCAUGGCUAUUCGGGCAUAGAGAAGAGCUCCAAUGGACAGUACGACUGGACACUGGGGAAUUAUGUAGAUGGGGAUAUGAUAUCAGUAGUAUGAACGAAUUUCUCGACCCACACCUGGUAGUGCAGACGUAUUAUAUUGGCUUACACUACUCUUUUCCCACCACUUUCGGAAGCUUUUAUGCAACCAAAAGCUCUGAUAAGCUACUAAUAAGUUCACCAGCGGACAAACGUAGAGCUUAUCUGUACCUAAGUAUGCUUCAUGUGUACAUAUUCAAAUGCAUGUGUCGGGGAUACAUACAUUCCAGUGACGUACAUAUUGGUAUAGAUGGGCACAGUUGCUAGUAUGCUAACAUAUGUAGUCAAAGAAAGCGACGACAAGUCCACAUCUCCCACAAUUACAUAUAGACAUAGAAGUUUCCACUCGCAAGUAUACAAUACAUGUAUAUACUGAAUGCUUAAGCCAGGCCCACGCACUCCAUAGUAUGCACAUAAGCAUAGAUACGAAUGCCCCAAGCCCAGCAGCAUUUCACUGAAUGAAUAUUGAGUAUUCAAGUUAGCAUUUAAGUCGUCAUAGAUGAUGACCUCACUCCACGCUCUUACCAUAAGCCGGUUUAUUGUCGACCACUGCACUGGUUACGGCACAGAUAAUGGCCUACGCUCUGACCCGCCCUUGCCAGACCUCAUGGGCCUUUCCAGACUAGUCUGUACAGGCGCCAAAAGAGAAGUUUUCUCCAAUACCACAGCCACAAAGCCAAUUCAAGCCAACCUCUCUUCUCUUAUAAUCAAUGUUUAGACAGUGGGUGAUUAGUCCGAUCUCUAUCUGACGGUGGUUGGUCAGUCCGGUUUCUACUGUGUCUCUUGCGUCGUUUCAUGGGGAAAGAGAUCACUCACUAUCCAGAGAACACGAACACGCGAAAGUGCAAGUCAAACUUUGCCCUCCUCUCAGAUAUUGCUCCCUUAAAUUCUAUCUUACUCAAAAACCACUACACAGAAUUUGACUGUACAUAACCAAGACUCCUGGAUUGUGACAGUAAGUUCUCAUUUUACAGACACUAAAGUUUGGUUGACUACAGUACGUCAGAAUUAUUUUCACUGUCCCAUUGUCCCUCAAACUUUUGCUAGCUUUUAAACCUUAAUUUUGCCCAUGUUUAAUAGGACUUGACUAUGUUCAUUUGGUAAUUAUGAAAAUUUUUAAACCCUUGAAACACUUCUUAAAUAUUAGAAAAAAAUUGUAUUCCUUACCCAAAAAUAACUUUAGCUAUCAGAGUUGGAGCCAACGUUCCAAACAUUCUAUGUAUGCACGGCUGUACGAAAGUUCUUCUUUUCCUUGAUCCUUUACGUUCGGGUCGUGUGCGUAUCACCGACAUUUUAGCUAGUGGAUUUCUAGACUCUAUGCUUGAAUUACGUGAAGUAUCUACAUCAGAGGCACAAUUAGCCGCUAAUUGGUUUAGUCAUCAAUCAGCUGUACGUGUUUACGGUAGCUAUUUGCUCUUAGAUGAAGACCGAAAUGGCUUGUUAACACGCAGUGAAUUAUCACGAUUUGGAAAUGGUACAUUGACCGACGUAUUUCUCGAUCGUGUAUUUCAAGAAUGUUUAACUUAUGAAGGUGAAAUGGACUACAAAACUUAUUUAGACUUGGUUUUGGCUAUGGAAAAUAAACAUGAGCCGCAAGCAAUUGCUUAUCUUUUUCGUAUUCUUGAUGUUGGUGGUCAAGGUAAACUGACUUCACUAACAUUACGGUAUUUCUAUGAUGGAAUCGAAGACAAACUACGUGCUUCAGAUAAUGAUAUACCAAGUUUUGAGAAUGUAUUAAAUGAAAUUUUUGAUAUGGUACGACCAGCGAAUCCCCAUUACAUCGCUUUAGAUGACCUUAUCAAUUGUGGUAAGGGCGACACCGUAAUAAACAUAUUGAUUGAUCUCCAAGGUUUUUGGGCCCAUGAAAAUCGUGAGGCUUUUACUUCCGAAAUACCAGAUGAAGCAGAAUUGUAAAUCGGAUUUUGUUUAUUCACUGAUAUCCAGCAUUGUGAUCAGUGUUAAUUUGCUCAGUGCAUUGUUACUGAAAAAAACAUUGAUGAACUUAUAUACUUGUUAGAUAAUUGAACACUUCUAAACUCUCGUAACGUGCCUAUACUUAAAAAUAAACAGGACGUUUGCGAAGUAUAAAGGUAGUUCUCUGUUUCUCACUCACUAUUUUCCGUCUUUACAAAGCAAUUGAUAUCAAAAUUUUAUACAUGCAACUUCAUUUCCAUGCUUUAGUUAAACACUAUGUCACAUUCUGUUAAUUUGUUUAUGAAACUAUGCUGUAUGAUUGCUGAAUCUACGUUCUAAUGUUCCACUGUGAAUGUACCUAGUCAGAUGAGUUUUCACGUAGUUUUCGAUUGGUGUUUUUCUGGUAUGCCUCUCAACACAUAUAACGCACUAAAUGAGGAAGUCAGAGUAACCUUUGUGUCGAUAGAGACUUGUUCUUGUUGCUGUUGUUGACUAUUCCCAUCACUUUCUAGUCGGUCUACGCCAUUUGGUUGCGUUAAUUUAAACUUCAUUGUUUUAAUUUAAAAUCUGAUUGUAAGCAAUCAAUCUUUUAGAUGACUAUUUACAGAGUACUUCCAUUGGUGAUAUGUCAUUCUGUUUUAAAACGGUCAGCUAAUAGACAGAAAGUGUAGCUUUUCUUUCGUUUGUCAAAAAUCAGACUUGUAAGAUAUUGCGCAGCAAAAUGUCCACUCAACAUGAAGGUUUAUUAUUUUUGAAUACAUAUAAAACAGGUGAAAUAACGUUUCUGAAGUAUGGAAAGCUUUAUACCCAUUGCAGAAAGAUAGAAAGAUUGUCAUUAUCAAAUAUGAUAAAGGGAAUACAACAGUGAUCAUAAACAAAGGCGACUAUCGCGAAAAGCUCGUAAACAUCUAUCAACGAGAGCAUAUUUAGGGAUUGAUUAAAAAUAAAAUCUAAUAAAAAAAUAAGUAAACUUCUGAAAGGGCUACAUUCAUCUAUUGGCGUUUCCCUAUAGAUUACUUUAUACCCUAAAUCCAAUACAACCUCACGUUUCUGCGGGCUACCAAAAUUCACUAGCCUGACACUACUUUAAGAUCCAUAGUGAACUUCACAAAUACUCUAACGUAUGCUUUAUCUAAAUAUCUAAGCAACACACUGAAACCAGUUCAACACAGAUUAUUUAAUGUCGUAGAAGAUUCAUAUGAAUUCAAACCGAAGAUCUCGGAAUCAUCCAUCAACAAGAACAGAACAACCGUAAGCCAUGAUGUUGUAUCUUUAAACACUAGAAUCGCAAUUGAUAAAUGUCGAAACUAUAAUAAUUUACUAGAGGAUCAUGAUACCCCUGUCUAGCACUUGUCCAUUAAAUAUCAAUGAAAUUCCUCGAACUAUAUUUCUAUAUAAACAAACGAACGGAGCAGCCAUGUGAUCUCCAGUAUCUCCGAUUGUUGCUUAUUUAUAGUGUCUCGUGCUGAGUCACUUAUUUUUGCCAGUACCAUCAAAGCACGCAUCUGGCUCUGAUACUUAGGUGACACACUUGUCAUUAUUAAAAAGACUCCUUAAAAAUUUCCCCAAACACAUAAGCACGUUCUAAGAAAGUAUCAAGUCAACUUCAAAAAAGAAAAUGGAUAUAGUGGACUGCCAUUCUUAGACUGUUUAUUUAUAAUGAAUUCUAAUGGAAAUCUAACCGUAUACCGAAAACCGACACAAUGAAGUCGGUAUAUUGGUUUUAACUCAGCACAUUUAUGCAGUGCAAAACCCUCUCUAGCCUCAAUCUUUUCAGAAGAGUAACCAACAUCAUCACUUCAGAAGAUAAGGUUAGAGGAAAAGAGGAUGUUGCAACCAUCCCACGAUUUAAUAAAUUUCUUAAGAGCAUUAUUAAAAACUGUAAAGCGAAACUAAUAGUCUGUAUAUAACAAUCUUAAUGAAAGAUCUUGUAUUGACACUGUGGUCUUAUCGCCAAGGUGAGACAGCUGAAUUACAGCGGAUCUUACAACCUACUAAAUUUCAACCCCAUUACUUUAUAUUACGAAUGCAUACAUUCUGCCGCACAAAUAGUAUCAGGUUAUUCAAAUUCUGACAAGUUGCGAGCCACCUUCACAGAUUUAACCCAUUUUCGGGGGGGGGUAGGACUUGUUAUGCUUUUAAUCAAGUGCAGUCGGAAUCAUGCCGGGCGAAUCUAGAAUUACUUAGACUAACUCAGAUUAAAGAGAUAACUUUAGUUGCAUGGGAUUUGGAAGUCAUUGCAGACAAUAAGCACGUACACUGGUUAGUUUGACCAUGCUUGAAGCAAAUUACUACAAAUCCGUACCAUGUAUGUGCACUUUUACCAAUUUGCCUUUUUUAUUGAAUACCACGUGCCCUGUUGGAAAUCAACCUGUACGCGAAUCCAAAUUUUUAUGAAGGACGCUCUCGUUCACUGCCUCUCACUAUAUUGCAAGUGAAUUCUGGGAUACUCUUGGACGUUACCUGAUGUAUGUGCUGAUGAUGUAGUCCAGAAGAACGAUGAAGGAUCCAAGACCAAACCAUCCAGAUCAGAGAACAAAACUUCAUCAAAAUCAUCCACCUGAGCAACAAAUUUUCCCCACCAUCUCAAAAAACAAACAUUAUUCGAAAUCAUUUAUUUGGUCCUUGUUUCAAGUUCACAAAGACUAAAACUCGUAGUAUUGUGAAAAAAGUAAAGCGACUGAAAGAGUAUGGCAGGGCAAUAUUUUGGAAACUACUGUAACCUUGCGGCCCCCCCCCAGAACGUAUUGGAUUUAUUCGCUUGCUGAUAGCUAUCAGUGUCACCUCGUGUAAAACGUAGUAUAGAUUUUGCUAAAACGGCAGAUUUAAUGAUAUCGUGUGGGGUUUCAGGGAUUGUUGAAUGUUAUAAAGAUCACAAAUCGACAGGAGUAAGGAAAUUGUCGGAAACCAAGAGGUACUUGAUAGCUGUUUAGCUCUGAAACAUAAAGUUUUAACAGUGAGCAUUCAGUAACCCAAGUAUAAUUCAAGAUUAUUAGCCCUCUCGAUGGCCACUUAAACUUUAGGUUAUUGAGCCACCAUACAAUGAUCAACACGUUUAACUUCAAUCGGUCAAGUAUACUUACCAACCGUUUUUUAUAAUCUUUGGUGGGAAACUGCUUCACCUGAUAUGUUUGCAGUCCGAUAGGUAAGAUAUCUCUCUCGAAGUCCGGAUAUUUCCUCCACAGACCCGGAGGUUCCGGAUUUGUUUUCUGGUGUGUUCAUGGGUGCACACUGCCUCUCUUUAAAAAUAGAUACAAAUUACUAAGAACAUGUGCAGAGAUAAAAGACAAAGUGGCUAAUAAAGUUGAGUAGCAAAUUCUUUGAAGUUUGCUUUUAUGAAAGGGGUUUUUCUCGCUGGGCUACAGGAAAACAAGUAAUGAUUUGUUGAGAGUGCGUAACGUGCUAGAUACGCUGUCAUACAACACAAACUUCCUAAUUUGCCGCACUCUGCAAGUUAUCAUUAGAAAACUUUAAAAGUGAAAAUACAAACAAAUUCUCCGUUUUUAUGACAAGUUUUCUUCAUCCCGAAUACUUCCUAGACUUCGGGGACGACGAUCAUCAUGGUGAACAACUUCGAGACGAGGCUCACGCAAUCAUGUAUUUCUCAUGAACUACCGUCUCUGUAUCAGUUUCCUUACCUUCAUUACAGCUUAGAAACUGUAAAACCGAGCUAAGAUUUCCUACCAACAACAGGGGCUGUAAUCCCAAACAGUUGGAUGUGUCAGCUUUACAGGACAAUCUACAGUAGGCGGAUUGGGAAAUUCACGCUCAACUUGAUGUGGAUGCUCAUUGGGGUUUCUUACUGCACACAUUUGUAUAUACUAAAAGGCAGUCUGUCCCGCUAACGGUCCUCAAAAUCUACGAGCAAUCUACGGUCAUCAAGAACCGCACUUUUUGUUUGCUAAGUUGCAAGAGGCACUGCUAGGUGAAAUAAAAACGAUCUGGUAAAGACGGCGCAUAUAGGCAAUUCAGAUUAAUAAGGAACAUAUACACAAAGGCAAUAAGAGACAGGCUUCAUUAUCAGAUAAAAACCUAACGAUAAAUUUGUCUCAAAUCUCGAAAGCUUAUUCCGUCAUGUAGCCUCUCUUCGACGAGCCAAAAUCUAAGUUUCAUAGACUCUACACUCAAACAACAACGACGAUCACGUCAACGGUCUUCUGGCUAGACAGCACUUUCGGACAUUUCAAAUGACCCGCACUAAAUAUACUGAUUAGAACAUUAACCUGCCACUCAACAGGACUCCGGAAAGUCAAUGUGGGCGCUAAUUUGGUGAGAUGGAAACUGCA